AGAUUAAAUGAAGCUUUCCGACUUCAAUAUUGCGGAUGGAGUACAUACGCGAUGGUGCCGCUUCAUAAUACAGCGAUAUCUUGGCCAGUUCUUGGAACAAAAUUUAACCUUGGACCAACUCUCAGUAGAAUUAUACGAAGGAAAGCUUACCAUCAACGAAGUUAAGAUUAAUGCUCACUAUGUAAAUGAACUUCUGAUGUCGAUGAAUGUACCUUUGAGGCUUACUGAUGGAUUUGUCGGAGGGAUAACCAUAGAGGUGCCAUGGCUUUCGUUAACCUCAGAAGCAAGCAAAAUGAAAGUUCACCAGUUAGAAUUGACAUUUCAGUCAAGGGAGUGUAUCAAACUCGAUAAUAAAGACCUGGUUUCCUCUAUGAUUGGUAGCGUGGUUGAAUCAUUGGUUUCGUCUAGCGACCUGGCCAGAAGUUUCUAUGAAAACGAAAAACAACCGGGAGAGGAAGAACUGGAUACUGAAGCUAAAGAUGGAGUCCGAGCUUUUACAAAAGUCAUUGAUGCCAUCGUCUCACGGUUCUGCAUGGAAUUGACCGAAACUACUAUUCGAUUGGAGAAUCCCCCGAAAUCUAUGUCUGAUCUAUGCACUGCGAUCGAAAUCCGUAUGAAAGAGGUGAGCUUUAUGGACGAGCAGAUGCGAAACUGUCAGCAAGAAGGCAGAAGCGCUGAAACAAUUACUAGCCAACCGCAGGGGAUGGGAAGUAUAGCUAACCUCAAUAAAUUCAUUGAUAUGUCAGGAGUGGAACUCUUCACAGAUGUCUUUACUGAGAUCGAAGAUCAAUAUUCCGAUCCAAAUUCUAGUCAGAUUGUUACGAGUAUGUACAUAAGGCGUGAAAAGCAAAAACACGCAGAUCUUUAUACCUCUGCACUGUCUUCGUCUACUGCCAACUUUCAGUCUUGUUAUUCUAACUUAAAUGCGAGCGAAAUACUUAACCAGACAACCGGUGAUCAAUUUUUGGUUUCUAGAAUAGACAGUGAUAGGGAAUUGAUGUCCAAUCCUGUGAAGUUUGCUGAGCUUGUUGGAGACUCGCGCAUGAUUUUCCGGAUCAGAAACUCAGAUGCAGUAGCUGACAAGAAGGAUAACAGGGUCGAAAUCGAGUCGUUCUUUACGGGUUUGCAUUGUUUCAUUUUGCCUUCACAAAUUGACAUCUUGAAAAGGUUUGUUAUUGACCCCUUUAAUUUCACCAUUCACUACCUCGAUUAUGUGCACUUACUCUUUUGUUUUGGAUUCUUCUCAUCCAUUGCUCUCCCUCAAAUUGAGAGAAUGAAUGACUUUGGAAAGAAAAUGGAAAAAAGUGAUUACGAUGCAAUGGCAAAGAAUAUUGAGGAAGAAAGUUUUCAGAGGACACGUAUGAGUACUGCUUUAGGAUCACAAGGAACAUGGAGUAGACGCGAAGAUUUCCAGGAGUUUGACUCCAUAAACCUCGAGGACAAUAGAUCUUCUCGGAAAAUGAGCGAAAACUGCCGUGAAAAUUACAAGACGAUCAAGUCAGACAAUACCAAAAAAGAAACAACCUUGCUGUGUGCCAAGCUUGGCAUCGUCCUCAUCUACAUUCCACACUAUGAUAUCAUGUCGGUGGAGCACGUGAAGUCUCUUACCAAUGGUCAUCAUGAAGCAGUUGAUCAGAUCAUUGAGGAAUCCAAUCAAUUCUUUGCCAAGUCUGCGUUAGUUUCUUUGAAACAUCCGCACAACGCAAAGACUAUGUUGGAUGAAUUGGAUCGGUUAUACACUAAAGAUCACCUCAGGAUUGUCGGUUCAUCUGUGGUGUUUCGCUACCAAAUGGACAAAAAUGCAUCUGGUGAACAUACGCAAGCGAAGCUCAUUUUUCCGAAUAUUGAUGUCAUCGAGUAUCUUGCUUCAGAAACGAAUCCCCAUAUACCCCUUCUUGACUUCUCCAAGUUUGAAAAUCCGGACCAAGAGCCGCAAUUGAAGUUCGAUUUCAAUACCAGGUCCACCAUCGUUGAUGAAACGAAAACUUUCAUCUACCUUGGAAAGUGCCGCUGUGAAUUAGAUCUUAGCAUUGUGGACCGAAUAGCCGAUUUGUUCGAGCCGCGGCCAUUCUUUGAUUUACCAUCUUGUAGGCGCUCGAGGUUGGAUAGCAUUGUUAGAAAGGAAUCUCUUCAACUCCGCGAAGACUUGUUCAGUCUUCCCGUUGUAGAGCAAUCAAGCAAACUAAUGGUGGUAAUCAAAUGUCAAUCUCUUGAACUUGAUUUGAGGAUUCCGGUAGCUGACCUGCGAAAUCUUAGCGGCACUAGAAUGCCGUAUCGUCAGCGUCAUGUUCAUCCUGAAUACAUCGGUUUGCACUUGAACUCAAUGACUGUGGAAAUACCUUUCGGCGGAGAAAGCACCUUGCUCGAUCUGUUUGCGACUGAAAUUUACGGAAGUUUUUGCGGGAUUUCGGAAAAAUUCACUUGUUCGGAAGAGGAGCGAAGCUUCCUUUGGGGAGGGCAAACUUCAGUGGAUGAGCCAGUACACAUGAAGUUCGAGUACGAUUCGCGUAACAAGGCUCUAAAAGCUUCUGGUACGAAAAUUCACUGUGUUUCCGGCCUUGGUAUCAAUGAUGACAUGACCAAAAGCUUCUCUCUGUCAGUCAUCCAGUCCUUGCCUCAUAGGGAAGGGCCAUUCGCUCAGACCCAUCGGUCUUUUCUGCACAAUCAUGACGAAGAUAAUGACUUGAUUUUGGCUGGUUCGCGAGAAGAAAUGACCGCUUUUGGAGCUAAGUGCAUCCUCCAGUCUAUCAUGGUCGUCUCCCUUGACAUUCCUCUCCUUCGAGUUUUGAUACCUAGUCAUUCAUACCUUGAAGUGUUGUACAACCGACUUGUAAACGAUCUUCUUUUAUGGCAACCAGCUGCACCCACCAUGAGGCCAGGUGAUGAAGACUACAAAAUAAAUGCUCCUCUUAGUGAUGACAUGUUCCAAGAAUGCGAUGGCGAUCCAGGAACUAGAUUUGAUGAUGAAUAUGAAGAGGAACCUCCUAGUUCGUCAGCACAGUCGAAUGGGUAUGACAAGAACAAGUCUCAUUUGCUUAGUCUGUUGUUAAACGUGAAGAAAGGAACAGUCGUUAUGUGCACUGCUAUAAAAGAGGAUGAAGUGGAAAGAGGCACUGGACACGUUUCCACCGAGUUGUCGGACGCACAGCUUUUUGCUGUGGGUGGCUAUCACGGAAAGAUGACUGACACUUAUUUCUAUUUCACCACACACACUAUCGGUGUUGGUUUCAGAAAUGUUGCGUCAAUGCCGAAAAUUGUUAAUCACCCUGACUUUGGUAAGUGGAGUAGGGAUGACACCCAAAUGGAGACAAUCCCAUCUGGGGACGAAUUCUGUUCUCAACGAACCGAGGAUGCUGUUGGUGUUGCAAUUUACCUUUGUGAGCGGCCUGGCCAAAAUAUAAAGGAUGUGCUGCUGGCGAUAGCUGUGCGAAACAGCUGCAUACAGCUCAGACCUUUCAAAAAUUUGAAGGAAACUUGGGCGCUUCAACUGGCUGACUUGUUCACCCUACAGGACUACCCUAUUCCCGGUUACGAACUUCCUAUCGUUACUACUGAUUUGCACAUACAUCUGGACAACGUUGUUUUGGCGUACGAUCAUGCUUGGACAAAACCUGAUAGUGACGUUCGCUUGAGGCUAGUGCUUGGAGAGACCGACAUAAGUAGUUCCAUCAUACAAGAUAUGAACAUGGCUAAGGUUACUAGCAUCUUUGAAAGUGCGCGUGUGUUCAUGAGCAACGCCAAAAGGUGCAAGGAUAACGUUCGUUUCGAAGAACACCGAACACCUAGAAAUGGCCCAUCUCAUGCGACUGGCCGUGCAAACAAGAAAUUCUUCAAAGUGAUCGAUGUCGGAUUAUUUCAGCUUGAGUGUUUAUCUGGUUUGAAUGCUUCUGUUGAACAAAAAAGGAAUGCUCCACCUCUUCUCGAGAUUCGCUGCCGAAAUGACAUUAUCAAGGCGUGGGUUUGUGCUGAUUCGUUGGUGGCACUGCUCAAUAUAGCCACAGAGAUAGCCCAUGCUGAGAAUUACUCCACUCCUGCGGGCGAGAGUGCUAAGCGUCAGUUAACAGAUAGCUUCGAAGGCACGAUAAUUUCCGAGCAUGAGUCUCCCGCUGCGCCUCUGAAUCAGGCUACUAGGAAUAUACCAAAACCUCUAGAAAUGAAAAUGAAGCGCAUGUUGGCUUCUGCCAUAGAGGAGAAAACAUCUGAUAGUCUUGGCACUGUCUCUUGUGGGAGAGACGCUCUUGAAGAGUUUUCACCAAAUUUUGCAAAUCAAGCAAAACGGGAUUUGCUCACGGAUGCAUUGGGAAACGUCUCACAAUCUGAUCGUAAUCGGGCUUAUUCUCUUUCUACGGAUGAUGAGUUUUGUAUGGUGGACGAGGAUGUGAUUGGCAGUGGCAUUACUAAUUCUGCUGGUGAGCCUAACAUAAAGUAUAUCGGCUCUCAAUCAAACAAGUUUCCUUGGAACAAUGGUGUAAGCGUUGAUCUUCAUCACUUCCGCUUUCCAAGUGAUUGGCGAGGUGAUGGUUUGGCUGCUUUACCAGCUGACUUUCCUUCGCCUACGAUAAGGUAUCUGAUUCGUGACAUAUCCAUUAGUUUACAUCUAUAUGGAGGAAGUGAUUUAGGCGAAGAUCCACCGAGGGAGCGUAGCUACAGUACCAGUGAAUAUCGGGAGGGUAAGGGCAAGAAUCAGGUGGUCUCAGCAGAUGCAUUGGGAGGAAAAUAUCGUGAUCACUCUGUAUGCGUAGUUUUGGAACUGAGCAAGAUUACUUGCAUCUAUCAACUUUUCAAUAAGGACGCACCGCUCAUGUCCAUGAAGUUAUUCACAAUUCAUGAUAUAACCUUGCUUGACAAAUUAACAGCUAGCCAGAUCAAAGAAAUGAUGUAUCAGUAUUCAUCUGCUGAGCAGCCUCGUAGGACCUGUGCUUCUAUGUUGGCAGUGAGAAUGGUUGAGUCCCAUAAAUCCGAAGGAAAAAUGAGGGUUUCAAUGUUGCCCAUAAAGUUCAAUAUUGAUCAAGAUACUAUGGAGUUCUUGGACGACUUUUUCCAAGAAGUUCGAACGAGCGUGCAUCUGCCUAACGAAGUGUCCGAUGCGAUUUCUGCGAGGCCUAUUUUGGAAGUGCCAGCUUCCGUGACAUCGAGAGACAUUGACGUUGACAUGCGAUCAAGUCAUAUAUAUCCUUCUUUGAAUAACGAUGCUUUGGUGAAUCUAGAUGUAUUAACUCCUGAAGCUGCACCAUCACCGAUCUAUGAUUUAUCUUACCUGGAGCAUCGAAGUCAACCAGAGUCACCUGUCAAAAGACCUCUUGCCGAUGCUCCUCUCACUGCCUCAGCAGUAUCCAUAGGAGACCUCUUUGCAACGAGAUCGCGCGCUACGCCGAAGAUACCGCCUGUGGAGGAGUUAUCCCCCCAAUCGAGUAGCCCAGACCUCAUCCGAGCCGAAAUCUCCACCGAAGAUGAGCCCCCGGUAGAUGAUGACUUGCACCUAGCAGGAGACUGGAGUUGCGAUAGCGGAAUCAGAUUUUCUGAUCCAGAUCCUUCUGUUGAUAGAAUGCUCAGCUCCUCUUUGCAUGACUCUUUCCAUCCCGCCAUCUCUGUACCAGAACACGAUGUAGAUGCCGCUGCGAUCAGUGAAGAUCUCGUGGACACUAGUAGCGACAUAGCUGAUUGUUCAAAUGACGCUGAUAGGUCUACGAUUUGUGACGAGGAAACUUCUACGCAAAUGGCCGGCUCAUCAGUUGAGCAUCAGUGCACGCCCGAGCCAUCCGAAUCAACGCGGGGCAGUACAUUCUUCAAGGAAUUCAUAUUCUCCCCAGCUGUUUCAAUCUAUGUUGAUUACCAUGGGAAGAACAAAAUCAACGUGGAGAAAAAUGGAGCAGUUUUUGGUGUUUUGACGGGAAUUGGGCAGUUGAAUCGCACAGAAUUUGUUUUGAAGGAAAUUGUGAACAGAAAUGGACUUCUGGGAGUAGGGCGCUGUGUCAACGUGGCUGUGGACGAGUGGUUGUCCGAUAUCAGAGCAAAUCUUCCUCAUGUUCUUGCCAGCUGUGGUCCAAUAAGCCCUUUUGUACAGAUUGGAAAAGGAGUUAUGGACUUAUUUUGGCUACCUGUUGCCGAGUUACGAAAAGAGGAUGGUCAUGUAGUGAAAGGGAUUCAAAAAGGUGUUGGAUCCUUUGGUCUGUCGUCUGCAGCAGGCGUUGUCGGUAUGGCGCAAACUGUUGUUGGAGUAAUCCAGAUGUUCGCUGAGUCAGUGCUUCAAGAAGUGCAGCCAACAGCACCUUAUCUGAAUGAACGUAAUCGCCGAGCGUUGGCUGCCAGGGCAGCUGCACCAACAGAUCUUCGUCAUGGGAUGCAGCUCGCAUACGACAUCGCGUCAGAUGGCUACCGACAGGCUCGCGAUGAUUUGGAAUUGGCAGCACAAGAAGAUCGAGCGUCGGGACAAUCCUCCUUCCGUAGUGUCCUUAAAAUUGCACCAAAGACUUUCAUUCGACCACUCGUUGUCAGCACACAAAUUGGAUAUCAAUUGCUGGGAGGUCUUCGCGCUCAAUUGAGACCUGAUGUAUACCAAGACGAGCGCCAUAAAUGGAAGGACGAAGAGGUUCCCGGUGGCAGUGGACAACAUUAAUUUUCAAUGCUUUUCCUCUUUGAGCGCUUUCACGUGUUGCCUCCUUUCUCUGUGAUUUGAUAUCAGUCCAUUUAACCGAUCGUUCCUAAAAGUUACAGGUGCAUGUUUGUAGCGCAAAGCCUGCUACAACAUCUGAAAUUGUGUAAAAAAAUCUUGUUCUCCCCAAGUCACGAGGUCUUUUGAAAUCGUAUUUCAUCGUCUCAUUUGCCUUUAUGACCUUGUCAGCUAGUAACGAGGUACGUGUCAUUUUUCUGUAUUUCGCUGUACACAUCAGUUGAUGCUGCUUUCGUUCGAAUGUGUAGCUUGCAUUUCCUUGGAAUUUCUCUGUCAAUCAGUAAUCGGAUAGCUUUUUUUAAUGAAUUUGUAUGUAUAUUCCAAACAUAUUCCUCAAAUCUCAACUCUUUUGUACUGUAUGAUCCGACACUAAUUCUUCUUGCUUAUACAUAUGCUUUCUUACUGAUUGUGCCUGUUUGCGAAUAUCACAUUUUAGCUUUCUCCGCUGAUGCCUAUAAACACAAACUUUUCUUGUUCUUUUGCACUCAAGCUUCUGAGUCUUUAGGAAGCGAUUCAAAAAUGUGAGCUUGGAAUUGGUUUUCUCCCAUUUCACAAGUAGGACGCGCCAUAUCUACUUUAGAGAAUAUAGAAGAGUGUCUUCGCGCACGUCUUCUCGAAUCG